AGUUUCAGUUAUAAUGCUUUCGCAGAUGACAAUUAAUUGGUUACGAAUACCGUUACAACUGAUGUUGUUAUUACAACUACACUGUGGUUCACCAGCAGAGAAACUCACAUUCGAUGUGCAAAAAUGGGCCAAUCUGUUGAGUGACCAUCUACAGGAAAUGUUCAGUGAUGCUACUAGGGAAGCUGAUAUCAUUGCGAUGUACAAGAAUUACGGUGAAGUUGAAAUAUUUGAUCCCCGAAAAGAGCUUAAAAGGGCAAAAAAUGCAGUCGAGGCAUACUUGAAACGACGUGCUAAAGUUGCGUGGGAAGCGAAAGUAUCCCUGGAAUCACGUAAUUUGGCUAAUCUCACUGAGCAUGAUGUGAAUGAUCCGACUAGCUCUCAUUUUAUACGCUUCAUGGCAGCUAAGCAAGAAACUGAUGCUGGCCGAGUGUAUGUGCACGAUCAUACCGCUAAUGUGAUUGAGGUAAACAGUACACGACGAUUUAAUUUAACACCGAAUGCCAAUUUGUACGGAAUUCCGACGAGUUCACUCUCUUCUGCCGUUCAUGUUCCAACACCUGUUUAUGAUCGAAACCCGGAUGUGCUGUUGAAAAUAGAUUGGUCUGAUAUCGACCAUUUAUACCGGGCAAAUCAAGAAGAAACACGUGACCUCGCUUUUCAGAUGUUUUGCUCAGAGUCUGGGUUUAUGCGCUACUAUCCAGCGGUAUCGUGGGUAUGGGACAAUCGUGCAGAGAAACUUGAUUUAUUCGACUGCAGGAGUACGGAAUGGUACAUAAAUGCUGCGACGCUGUCCAAGAAUGUAAUUAUAAUGUUAGAUAUGUCUGGCUCAAUGCUUGGCCAGAGAUUCGAAAUAGCCAAACAAACUGUAGAAGCAAUAUUGGAAACACUCUCCGAUAAUGAUUUCUUCAACAUAUUAUUUUUCUCAAAAACGGUUGGUUUCUUGGAUGAAUGUAGCGAAAAAGCUGGAUUGUUGCAAGCAACAAUUCGCAACAAAAAGAUGCUACGAGCUCGACUGAAUGGUAUGUCAUCAGAGGGUAAGGCAGAAUAUGAGAAAGGCUUGAUUAAAGCCUUCGAAACAUUGAUGAAACUUCCCGGAUCAGUCAAUUUCACGACAACUGAAGAAUUGGCACUGCGUCGGGAGUUAGCUGGUGGUACACUACCUUCUGAUGUUCAUUAUAUCGCUGUUCAAGAUCAUAUUCUUGUGGUCCCAAAUCAUCUUUAUCAGGCAAUGCAUAACUAUACGGGAAAGAAAGCGCAGUUUGGUUGUAACGACAUCAUUAUGCUAAUUACUGAUGGAGCACCUAAUUAUUUCAAACAGAUUUUCCAGUUGUACAAUAAAAACAAAUCGGUCCGCUUUUUUUCGUUUCUAAUAGGAGAAGAAGCAACAGAUGUGGCGCAGGUAAAAUGGAUGGCUUGUCAAAACAAAGGUUUUAUGGUGCAUAUUAGUAAUAUGGCUGAUGUACAAGAAAAAGUUCAGCAUUACAUCAAAGUAAUGAGUCGGCCGGUCGGUAAGCAUGGUGCAAAUUUUGGCGAAAAGGAUGCCAUUUGGAGUGGUAUAUAUAAGGAACGACUGCUAACAAUCAAUCAAAGCCCAGUGAAGAAAAAAUCUCGCAUUAAACGUGUGGAUCCAAGAACAGAAAUGUUAGUUACAACGGUAAGUUAUCCUGUGAUCCAAGAUGAAGAGUUGAUGGGAGUUGCUGCCGUUAGUGUACCAGUCACUGAGUUAGCACAACUGGUUCAUACCAUAAACUUUGGAAGCCGAAGCUAUGCAUUUAUGCUAGAUAACAAUGGCUACGUGAUGUUCCAUCCACAAAUGCGCCCUCUGGAUCCGGAAACAAAACAAAUGAAGUUGAAUUACAACAAUAUCGAUAUUCUGGAACUUGAAGUACCUCAGAAUCAGCAAAUAAUGCGUAGUUCAAUGAUUAAUUGUGAUAAUGGAAAAGCAUAUACUUUGGAUAUAUUAUAUGCAACGGCUAAUUUGGAACGUGUGUACCGCCAGUCGAACAAGUAUUAUUCGGAAUGCCUGAAACAAUCACUUUUCACUAUCGGAUUAGCAGUAGCGAACGGUGACGAGAAACGAAUAAAACCAAAGAAAGAAAUGAACUAUGGUGAUGUCAAACUGUUGUGGUAUGACAUGCCAAAUUGGCUGAUGCAUCCCACCUGGCGCUAUUGCUUACUGAGCGAUCAUGAUGCACAAUUAACUCCUGAAGCUGCGUUUCGUGAGUAUGUCCGAAAAAUGCGUGAAGAUGGACGUCUGCCCAAGCACUGUGAAUAUCGAAAGCCUCUCAUCGACCGUUUCCUGUUUGAUAUGAAAGCAACAAAUGAUUUGACAAAUUUAUGGGACAUCAACUGGAAGGACAAUAAAAAGAAACAAAUUCACCUUGUUUGGUUUGCGACCGCUUCGGGUAUGAUAAAAUAUUGGGAUGAAUUACCGGAUGGAUUGACAAAUAUCAAUCCUAAUUUGCCACCAACGAUGACAUCAGAAACUGCAUCAGUGCAGAAGCCAACAACAGCUACCAUGGGUUCUCAAGCAAUACCAAAGCAGCAAAUAAGCUAUCAGCACUUUAUCAGAGACUUAAAUCGUCGUUCCAGUGAAGAUCAGUACUUUCAACGCAGCGUUCGGAUGCCAGGACGUUUGGUUGUUGAUGUGAACAGAGAAACCUAUCUUUGGUAUGAAAAAGAGACACAAUCAACGUAUGGUCGUCCGGAAAAUGUUUCGCUUCUUCUAACGGUCACUAAAGCAUUAGAGAUUGAUAAUGCAUUAGUUGGUGUGGUGGGAUUGGAAUUAACACUGGACUAUAUGGCAAAAGUAAUGAGGAAGUUCGGUUGUGGACCACAAGAUGAACGCCGAUGGUGUUUUCUAUUGGAUGAGCAUGCAUAUAUCGUUUAUAGUAGUUUGAAUACUUCUAUGAGUAGCAGUAGUGGAUUUCCUGUAUAUGAAGCAGGAAUCCCAAAAAACUUCGACUUGCUAGGACGCUGGUUUGGAUCGGUGAAUCGAAUUACAGAACGGACAAUGACGCUGUUGCUGAAGAAUAACUAUUAUACUGAAACAACGUAUGUUGAUUAUCAAGCAGUCUGUAAAGAGAAUGAAGUGGUCAUGUACACUGCUGGCGCUGCUUUUAGGGUUAAUGCAAUAUUUGGAUCGUUGUUGCGGGUGUGGAGUCGAUUGUUGGCGUUAUUGCAAAAUUUCGCUAUCAUUCAAAUAUUAACAUCAUUAAUACAUCCUUCCGUUGAUGCAUACACUGCAACGUUUACUGGUGAUAGCGACACAUUUUCAUGCGAUAAAGCUGCUAGGUACUAUUUGGCAAAUUGGGGUAUAGAGAAUUGGUCAGACAAUGGAUCAAAGAGGGAAAUGCCCAAAUCAUCAGCGCUAAUUGCUGAUAAUUUAGCCGAUCGCCCGUGCAAGCAUAAUCCAGCUAAAUGCGCUGUAAAAAUGUAUGCUCAUUGGGUUCCAAAUACCAAUUUGCUGUUAGUUAUUAUUGUACAGAGCAAUCCGGCGUCGAGUUUCUCUGUUUGCUAUGAUGAAACACGAUGUCCACUUUCCAUGCCACCCGAAUUCAUGACUACAUUCAGCCAGGUGGAUAAUGCUUCAGACAAGCAACAGAUAAGCGUAAGUACAAACGUAGUGGAUUCAUUUUCCGAAGAUAUUGGCGAUAGGAAGUGUCGACAUGUCUAUGCAAAGCAACGUAAAUCGCCGUCGAAAUGUGUACAUUCUGAUGAGGAUGAAUCACAAUAUCCAUGUUCGCAAAAGGCAUCUCGUUUGGUACCAUUUGGUGCAAGAAUUACUUUACUGGUUGCUGUCAUUUGUAGAAUAACAUAUAGCAUAUUAUAAUUUACCAUGCUGUUAGGAAAUGUGUUAGAGUAGUAAUUUAUCUGUGAUAACAAACAUUUCCAUUGACGGCGCUUAUUGUCCGAUUGGGAAUGACGUUUUAUAAUGAGCCUCAUCUCGUCAAUUUUUCUGUAUUUUCACGGGUAUGAUAUUUAGCAGGAUAAUUCUAACAACCUGUAUAAAUCAAGUUGCUAAAUCUUUUGUUGUUCUGUAUCAUUAUUACUAUGAACAUUUAUAAGUGGAAAAAUGCUGAAUGAUGCUUCUACUCAGAAAGUCGAAUAUUGAGAUGGUUAGGUUUCCACGAGGAGCCAUAAAAACGGGUCAACUUCUCAUCACUGGUUGUCAUCAGGAAGUGUAUUGGCAAUGCUGAGAAAGUGCUGGAAAGCAUGACCUACUGCACUGAUACUAGUAGGAUAUAUCUCUUAGGAAUAUCACUACAGGAAGGUAAGUUACCCUUCUAAUUAUUCUCGUCUUUUACAUCUGUUUGGGAUAUUUUUGGAAUUACUAGGUUAAAGGUCACCAAAUAUUGCAUUUUUGUUAUUCUAGUCCUGACCUUACACAAAGCAACAAUAUGUAAUUUUCACUGAAACUUUGUAAAUUCAAACAAUAAAUCUCAGUUUUCGAGUAACUGAAAUUCAGAUUUUCAUUGUUCAAUUGACUUUGAUUACCGAUUCAUAAUAUAUCAUUCAUUCUAAUUCUGAAGUAGGCUAUGGUAAAUCUUUAGCUGUAAUUGUACCACAUAUAGUUUUGAAUUGUUUGAUACGCU